AUGAAAUUCUUUAUCUAUCUAAUAUAUUUAGUGAUUUAGUUUGGAGGAUCUCAAUCUUUAUGGAAAGAAAUUUAUAACAGUAAAAAUUGGGAGAAUUUCACUGAAUAGUAAAGAGAAUAUCCAUGGUAUUGCUCUAUCUAGUAUGGUUGUUAAUUUAGUGAUUGCGGGGAUUCAAAGCUACUUGGAGGAUAUUCUCUUUUUGGUAAGUAAGCCUAUGUUUAAGCAAAUUUCAAACUUCCAGCUCAUACAUCUAUACAAAUUACUUUUGAUUUUUGGAAAAUUGAUUCAUGGGAUGAUGAGAAAUUUGCAUACUUUAUUGACAACUAAAUUAACUUUUCCAAGUUUGUUGGUUUCCAAGGUGAAAAUAUAUGUGGUGGUUAUGGGGAUUACUUUAAAGACCUUAAAAGUAACUAAACAGUUAACCUAUCACCUCACAUCUCUUCAUCUCUAUAUUUUUUUAUGUCUUCAACUUUAGAUACAUAUCCCAAUGAAGAAUCAUGGGGAUUUAACAAUUUCAAAAUAGAAAUUGAAGAAUGUCCUGAAGGUUGUGUAUUUUGUCAAGAUUAAGCAUUUGCAUGCAAUUUGUGGAUUAAUUUUGUUUCAUAUUGGUCAAAUUCAUAUGAAUCAUUUGGUUGGCAGACUGAUACAAGUUAAUCACUUGGUUAUGGUCAAUUCGGUAUCUUUUCGAUGGCAGGAGGGAUUAGUAAUCUUUUAAAAGGAUAAUAUAUAGAGAAGCUCAUUUAAUAUUUACCUCCUCACUUUAAGGUUCAUGUAGUUGUCAAAUUGUGGGUAUUUGGCAGAUGGAAUGAUACAUUUAAUUUAGAAAUCGAUAAUCAAUUAAAGUAUUCCGCAAAGAUCAAUUCUUUUGAUUCACUCUUUUAGAUUGGUAUAUAUAAAGUGUAGAUAUUUAAUAUUGAUGCAAAUACAUAUCAUACAUCUCCAGAAAUAAAAAUAAAUAUGAAAUCGGUAAAAGACUUGACAGAUAUUGGAUAUUGGGGGGUUUCAUUUUUUGACUUGUAUCUAGCCAAAUGUAAAGUUGGUUGUGAGGAAUGCAUUUGGAAUAUAGUCUAUGAAUGUGUUAGAUGUAUCAAAAAAUGGGGAUUGUUAAAUAAUGAAUGCACUCCUGCACCUCCAUUAUAAAGUUCUUUUGUUUAUAUUAAUCAAGUAUUUAGUUUAAACACUAAUUCCAUCUUCCAAUUCCAACUUAAAAUAGAUGAAUUAGAUCUGGUUAUGAAUGAAAUUGGCUAAAUUUAAAAGCUUGUAAAUGCUAAUAUUUCAAAAAUUUCUAUAUAAAUUAUGGUUUAAUGUCAAGAAGGAAUGUAAAUUUCAAGUUUUUUCAGAAAUUGCGAUGGAUGUGAAGGCGAACAAUAUUCCGUUUUUCAUUAUUGUCCAUCUCAAAAUAAUAUCUUUAAUUAUGACGCAACAUUUAUAUAAAUUGUUGAAUCUCAAAAAGAAUUAGUAUUCAAUAUGUCUGAAUCAAAAAUAGAAAUUAUUUAAGUAUCAAUAGUUAAUAAUGCCGAAAAAUAAGUUUUAUUAUUGAAAAUUGAAAUCUGA